AAACAAGCAAAAUAUUUUAUUGGUUCGUAGAUUCUCAAAGGAACGUAUCUCUUAAAUAUGCGAUCAAUAUUUGUUUGGCUUGGUGCUCUUAGCAUCUUUUCAAUUAGAAGUGCAACUCCCAUAUCAUCUAUAGACGAUAAUUGGGCAUUCAGUCUGAAAAAACUAGCCGAUGGCACCGUUUUUGAUUCAAUCAUGAAUUUGGCAGAAAAAACGGUCAAUACAGCCUAUAAAUAUGGAUCAAGCGUCGUGGAAUUCACCUCCGAUUAUUUACAGAAUGAAUGUAUCAGAAUGGCACGACUCAUGGCCGUACCCGAACAUAAAAGUCCAGACAUAAGAAACAUGCAAUUUCAGUUCAUGACACCCUGCGGCAGCUAUAAAGUACCUAUACUGGAGGCAGAAACUCUCUGGGCGCACCAAAAAUUUCAACAGAAUCGCAAAUUGGUAGUUCUAGCUUCUGGAUGGUUGAACACGAUCAACUAUUCGCAAGCAAUAGAAACGAUAGGGAGGCCUUUUAUGUGUCGACGCGAUAUUAAUUUUGUGGCUGUAGAUGUGUCUCGUUAUGUAGAUACGCUUUAUACGUGGUCCGCCCUAAACACGGAUAUAAUAGGCAAGCACAUUGCCUUUGGCUUAGCGAAAUUACAUGAUAUGAUGCCAUUGAUCGAUAUUCAUUUAAUUGGUCAUUCACUGGGUGCGCAUAUUAUGGGGUCGGCAGGUCUCGAAUUUCAGCGACUCACAAACCGACGGGUGCCUCGCAUAACUGGUCUGGAUCCUGCCAUGCCCUGUUUUCUAAAAAGAUCCAAAUUUCGCAGUUUAAGCAAGGGAGAUGCCAUGCUAGUAGAUGUUAUACACACAAAUCCUGGCUUUCUGGGACAGCGUUUUCCAACUGGCGAUAUUGACUUUUAUCCAGCAGGUGAAGAUGCCCUUAAGCCCGGUUGCCUGUUUAUCGAUUGCUCGCACAACCGUGCAUUCCAAUAUUUUGCCGAAAGUGUUUAUCCACGUCGGGAAAGAAGCUUUUUGGCCUACAAAUGCAGAACAACUAAAGAGCUGGAAACUAAAGCCUGUAGCUCCUCAACAACUACAAUGGGAUAUAAGAUUGAUUGGGCCGCUAGGGGGGUGUACUAUGUCGAUGUGAGGAGCGCGAGUCCAUUUGGCAUGAAGUCGGCAACAGCAAGAACAAUGGAUUUGAUGGACGAUAGCGAUUAUUCAUGGAAGACUUUGCCGACUUCAGAAUAAUGUAUAGUCGAUGUUGUGUUGAACGUCGUACUCAAG